AUGGGGAAGUUGUGCUUGAUUGCCUGGACGCUUUGCGUUUCGAGCUCCGCAGAGGGGUGGAGCAGAAGCGACUUGCUGCGGCUGAAGGAUGACGUGGCGCGCUUCUUGCCUGAGGCGAAGGGACUAAAGCAACUGCCUUUGCAGUCACCCCCGCCAAGGCAAGACAAGAUCGACCAUGUGGUGGUGCUUUACAUGGAGAAUCAUGCAGCUGAUAGCUUCUUCGGCUGCAUGGACCUGCCGGGCUUCGAUGGUAUCCGUGGUCAUUCGAUUCCAAAAGAUCCGGAGGACCUGUCCAAAGGAGAGAUCCAGAUCACCUGCGGAAAUGCUUCAUAUGUCUGUCAGAAAGGGCCGAGCUAUGAUACCUUUGCCCCCAAGUUUGCUGAGAAUGGACAUCCGAAUCGUUAUCCAUAUUCGCUCCAGGGAGACAAGUUCUCUGCUUUGCACGGUGCCACUGAGAACGGAACAGCUGUGACCAUGUUUGGCCCAGAGCAGAUUCCUAUCAAAGCAACACUGGCCCAGAGCUUUGGGGUCUUCAACAAACUCUUCACAGCAACUCCAACUGCCAGCAGCCCCAACCAUCUCUUCACCCAGUCGGCGACCAGCUGUGGGAUGACCUCGAACGUGCUGUACCCCGACUGUGGGGGAAACGGAACUUAUUUCCCUCAACCCACGAUUUAUGACUCCUUGAGGCUGCACAAUGUGAGCUUUAGCCUCUUCAUGAACAGCACCUGCGGCCUGGACGGGAAGCCGUGCCAUGGGGAGGACCCCCACGACCCGGACGCCGGGAGUGCCAUCGCGUCGCCGGAUGUGGCCAUGAUCGGGGUGGCGCGGCACAAGGAUCGCUUCAUGAGUCAGACGAUCUUCUAUGAACAGGCAGCCAAUGGAGCCUCGGUUCGUUGCCAGGCCUCUCCUGGAUAUUGCCGCCGCUGCAAGCUUGUGACCACCCGUGCCACGACGUUAGGCUUGCGAAGCACAGCUCUGCUCAUUUCGCCCUGGGUUGGAAGAGGCGUUGUUUUUCAAGAGCCGCAACAUGGACCCUUCAAUUCUUCGCAAUUUGAAUUGACUUCGGUCCCGGCUACGAUCAAACAUCUAUUUAACCUGAGUUUCUUUCUGACCAAGCGCGAUGCGUGGGCCGGCAAUUUUGAAGAGCUCCUGUUGAAUGAACCUCGAACAGACGCUCCACUGCACUUGCCAGAUGCCCCACCUCCAGCCACACCAUGGACUCCACCACCGCCGAAAGCAAGUGACACCUUUGUGGAAGCUGUUGCCAAAGAUCGCGCUGCGUUUCCGGCACCACAGCAUUGCAGCUCUUGGCAUGGUGAAAGUGAAGAGCUCUGCAAAGGGCUCAACUUUACAAACCUCAAGCAGAAGCGACAUCUUCGCUUGUUUGCCGAGCUGCUGAAUGUUCCAGCCCCAGAUGCCGACCAAAUGACUUCGGAGCAGGCGGAGCGCUGGCUCGCAAGACACUGGCGCAAAUGGAUGGUGAGCUCAGAUGAUGAGAAGGAGCUGCCGACGCCUCGUCUCGGCGUUGUUUCGGCCGCGCUGCAGCUGUUCACAAAGAAUGUCCAGCAAGAAGUCUAUGUGGAAAGGAUUGGUGAGAACUUCUAA